AAAAAAAACGUUCUGUUGAAAACAGAGACGAGGAGCGAAGCGGAGGGUAGAAAGUCACCGGCACCGGGGCCAGCGUCUACAACAAAGCCUGCCACAAAAGUGAAUGAGAAAGCAAAUAUCAGCCUCCGGCCACUGAGUGAACAGACUGUGCGUUAUCAGCCAGCGUGUCGCAGACAAGAAGCGCAGAUGGAGACCAGGAGCACCACUGAAGAGAAACCUGUCCAGCGAUCUAAGUCCUUCAGCUUUAAGACCCAAAAGGAAGUGUGUUCAUCAUGUGAGAAGACGGUCUACCCGAUGGAGAGAUUGGUUGCCAACAACCUGGUCUUCCAUUCAACAUGCUUCUGCUGCAAGCACUGCAACGCCAAACUCAGCCUUGGCACCUUUGCAGCUCUUCAAGGUGAAUUCUACUGUAAACCCCACUUUCAGCAGCUGUUCAAAAGCAAAGGCAACUAUGACGAGGGCUUUGGACGCAAACAGCACAAAGAGCUCUGGGCCUCCAAGGAGACAGAUGAUAUAACAAAGACGGCAUAAUCAUGUCUGCCUGUGUCCCAUCCCUUCCCAACCCUGCCUCUUCCUUUUCCUCCUCCUAACACCUCCAAUACAUCACGAUGAACACGUGCCUCAUAUGCUGGGGCACUGUUAAAUCACCCACGCAUUCACUUGCUUUUUAAAUGCCAUCAGAACAGAUACAUGCACAAACAGCUAGGAAAUGACUGGCCAGUCAUAAUCAUACCACUUCGAAAUAAAUCAGUUUUGGGGAUUUAUUUGGGGUUUGAUUUUAUUGUAUUUUCUUAACUUUAUUUUCCUGUUUGGAAUUGGUAGUUGAUUGUGACCAAAAGCCUUCUCCAGUAUGAGGAGUAUAAUAAUAAAAUCGCUUUUAUUUUGGUGUUUUUAUUCUUUUUAAUAAUUUGCGCCCUUUUGUUGUUGUUGUUUUUUUUUUUAACAAGUAACUGUAUGCUCAGGCAAACAUAUCAGAGGGGUCACAGAGCAUCCAUGAUUUGCAGUAGAGCAUACACUCAGGUCAAUUUUCACCCAAGGAUUUUUAAAAAGAUAAUGUAUACUUUCACUGAUUUCAACACAACUCAGAAUAAUAGUCCUCAGUAUUGUGACUUUGCUGUCAGUUUGUCAGGUUUCAUAUAUUUGAGGAACAAACAGGGUACAGAGUACUGUAAAAUAACCGCACACAUCAGCAACGGCUCACCUCUCGUCUUUUAAUUUUGUUUGUGGCUUCAUCCCAUGGUUCGUUCUUAUUUUAUUGACCACUCUGAGUCUUAUCCUUGCAUGUUGGGAUGACUGGGUCUUAAUAGCCUUAUCUUAUGACCGUAUCGAUCUUUUGUGUUGUGAAUGAUUUUGUUUCAUAGAUGCGUAGGACGUUCGUUUUUAGAAGCACUUGAGUUUGGAUUUGAUUGAUGUCAUGGCAUAAGUUGAUCUUUCUCUGAGCUUUUAUGGCUGAAAUUUAAAUGGAAUUCUCAGAUUGUGUUUUCUAUACUAUCUGUACAUAGAGCUGUACUUGUGAUUAGUGAACAUUCCCCACCAUACUGUACUCUCGUUGUGCACAUAUGACCACACAUGAUCACCGGACAAGGUGUUGAUAACUUAGGCCUCGUUCUUAAACCUCCGUCUCUCCGUCAUGAGACAUUUUAAGCGGAGCAAGCGUUUGAGUAAAUUGAUUACAAAUGCAUUUCUGUGUCACAAAUGAGGAUGUUGAAGGACGGAGCCUAAGCCUUGCAGGAAAUCACACAGUUUUGUUCCUCCGUCAUUUCACGCUUGUCGGUUGUUGGCGUCUUGUGAUGAUUUUCCCUUGCUGUAUUUGUAAUUGUUCGUGUAACUGGACGGUUUUUAUGGGGACGUUGACGGAUCCAAUUCAGUCACAGUAUGUUGAACAUUCAUCACUAUUUGUCCCCCCCCCCAGCCAUUCCCAUCCAGUAAGCAUGGACAGGUUUCCUUUUUAGAUAAUUGCCUUCCUGUUCUCAUCUCCUGUCUUAUUAGCUAAAUACAUCUUAGCGCUUGGACCUAUUUCUUGAUAUUGAAUUUACAGUAGGUGUCUGAUGGAGGGUUUGUCACAGUGUUGGUCCCCCUGAUGUGCUCCUGCAUGCUGCAUGCUAGACCCAGUGCAGAGCACCCAGUGCAGAGCACCCCCUGCUGUUGAAAUUGUGACAUAACUUCUAGUGUGAAAGGAAAAAAAAAAAAAGAUGCCCGUGAACUCAACAUUUAGCCUUUUAUUCAAAGUUUUGUUGGAAUAUGUUGCCUCGGCCUGCAGUGCAGUUGCACUCUAGCCACUUUUUAUCUUAUUCUGUUUCAACACCUAAGAGAAAUUAACCCAGUUAGACAAGAUUUACACCUCUAUUUUUUCAUUCUACGCAAGAAUGAGUCAAAAGCCAUUCAAAUAUCUCAUUGUAGAAAAUCUCUGAAUACUGCUGAGACUUGAAUGACACUUGAAUGACACAAAAUACUUUUUGUGACUGAAGGUUUACUGUGAAUUUGAGCAUGCUGUGCAGAAUAGAAAGAUAAACACAAAACAGAUGUUAGUUUUUCUAAAGAGAAGCCUUAGAAAUAAAUAGCUGACCUUUUAUUGCUGUUUUAAACAAGACCUUUGAGUGCGCAGAUCUUUACAAAGUCAUGCCUUUUCAAAAUCAGACCUAUUUUCUCUCGAGCCCCCUCUUAAACAUAGGAUUAUUUCACUCAACCAGCAGCCAUUUUUCCUAUCUAAUCACUUUUUAUCCACACGUAAUGUAUAGUAAUUCUAAGUCUACUGUAUGUGACAAUGUAUAUUUUAUAUUUUCCCUUUUUCAUUUUACAACGGUCCUCUGGAUCCCCGAGAAUGCUUUAAAAUCAAGAAUAUCGUAUCUAGAAAUGCUGUCUGUGUCACUCUCCGUUAGCAGUUCGCCAAGGUACAGCUGCAGAAUCUGUGAAUUGCAUCUCUUAAGUGUAACAGAGCAGACAAGGUACACUUUACACUGGUGCCAAGUGGCUCAGGUGAAUGAUUGCAGUGUAACGUGUUAAAUGUUAAACCUGUGAGUCAUUUCAUUUUUGUGCUGAACUUGAUGUGGACUUACUUUUCAAUGCUGUCGACAUCUAGACUAAAUGUAUGCAUCCUUGAAAAUGUAUUCUGUAUUACAGACUUGACCUGUGGAUUGAGGUGGCCUUACAGCAAAAGAACGCUUGGACUGUGUGUAUGCAGUCUUUCUCCUCUAUUCUCCCUUCUCUCUAUUGCUUAGUUGUGGUAUGAAAGUGUAACAUUUUAAAAUGUAAGCGCCCCCCUUUCUACGCCAAUAUACACAAUCAUUUUGUGCAUUUUCUUUCUUGUUUUUAUUUUUAUUUUUUACAUGCUUUUGGAGAAAAAAUAAAAUGCUGGUGUUGAUUUAA